AUGACAAAGCUUAAACACAAUAUCAUACUGAAGUGGAGCUGGCUUCCAAUGACAGAACAGUACCAAAGUAGCUGAGGGAAAAAGCAGGUGUUUUUCAGCAGCAGUUUGCUACCGCUGAAAAGUUAAAACACACCUGACGAGCUUUAAACCUGUUGGCACAAGCAGGCUAGAGGCAGUAAGGGAGUGUGUGCAAUAACUAUUAGCUAGAAAAAGACUAAGAGAAGGAAAAAAGAACAGAGAAGGUUUUUGUUUUAAUCUUUGUAAAUUGUGUGAGCUGCUCUAAAGCAUGUUUAGGAAGUCUCACAUCUCCUCAUGUUCCAAUGGAAGCUACCCUCAGGGACAAUCUAAGUUGCCUUCCACAUAUGACAUCAAGGUAGAACCAGAAGGCAAAGUGGUGUUGAAGAAGAAAAUAACUUUGCUGAGAGGAAUAUCCAUUAUAACUGGCACUAUAAUUGGAGCAGGAAUCUUCAUCUCUCCAAAAGGAAUUCUCCAGAACACUGGCACGGUGGGAAUGUCCUUGAUUGUCUGGACUGUCUGCGGUAUUCUUUCACUCUUUGGUGCUCUCUGCUAUGCAGAAUUAGGCACAAGUAUUAAGAAAUCUGGUGGGCAUUACACAUAUAUCCUGGAAGCUUUUGGCCCACUUCCUGCCUUUGUAAGAGUUUGGGUAGAACUACUUAUCAUACGCUAUUAUACAAAAUUUGCAGUUGUAAUGGUCCUGAAUAGUAUGAGUGUCAGUUGGAGUGCCCGCCUUCAGAUUUUCCUAACCUUUUGCAAACUUGUAGCAAUUUUGAUAAUUAUAGUCCCUGGAGUUAUGCAGCUAAUUAGAGGGGAAACUGAACACUUUAAAGAUGCAUUUUUGGGGAAUGGAGCCAGUGUCAAAGGAUUGCCUCUAGCUUUUUAUUCUGGAAUGUAUGCUUACUCUGGUUGGUUUUACCUCAAUUUUGUAACUGAAGAAGUGGAAAAUCCUGAAAGAAAUGUGCCACUUGCCAUUUGCUCAUCAAUGGUUAUUGUCACAUUUGGCUAUGUUUUAACUAAUGUGGCCUAUUUUACAACUCUCAGCCCUGAGGAUAUGCUAAUCUCCAAGGCAGUGGCAGUGACUUUUUCUGAACGUCUACUGGGAAAUUUUUCCUUAGCUGUUCCUAUUUUUGUUGCACUUUCUUGCUUUGGAUCUAUGAAUGGUGGUAUAUUUGCAGUUUCAAGGAUGUUCUACGUUGCAUCCCGUGAGGGUCACCUUCCAGAAAUUCUCUCCAUGAUUCAUGUUCGCAAGCACACUCCUCUUCCAGCUGUCAUUGUUUUGCAUCCUCUCACUAUGAUCAUGCUCUUUGCCAGUGAUCUCUAUGGCCUCUUAAAUUUCCUCAGUUUUGCAAGAUGGCUUUUUAUAGGAUUGGCAGUUGCCGGGAUGAUCUAUCUCAGAUAUAAACGUCCUGAUAUGCCUCGUCCUUUCAAGGUACCACUGUUUAUCCCUGCUCUGUUUUCCUUCACCUGUCUCUUCAUGGUUGCGCUGUCACUUUAUGCUGAUCCAGUUAAUACUGGCAUUGGUUUUGCAAUUACAUUGACAGGAGUCCCUGCCUACUACCUCUUUAUUAUAUGGGACAAGAAGCCAGCAUGGUUUAGGCGAUUUUUAGACAAGAUGACAUCAACAUUGCAAAUAAUCUUAGAAGUUGUUCCAACAGAAGAGAAUCCAAAUUUGUGAUCUUCAGCUAGAAGAAUCUGCACUGUUAGACAAACAUCCAAGUUCUUCAUAGAUUGAAUGAACAUUUUUUUUUCUUGCCAAAAUGGUUUAAAAAAAAGUUUUACUGGAAAACUUGCAAAAGUUAAAUUGGGGCAUCAGUUUUAACCUGAUACUUGAUGAAAACUUUAAAUGGAAUUGUUAUGGAUGUAUGUGUA